UAUAAAUAGCAGCAUUAUACACGCACACCUCUGACUGCCUUUCUGCUCUGUUAGAGGGACUACAAGGAAAACAGACACAAUGGAUCAACAACCAAAUAAUGUGAACCAAAUUCGUGUCAAGAUGGAACAACUUUGUGAGCAAGAUGACACAUCUCUACUACAAAAAAAAUUGCCAGAAUUGAGAAUAGUUCUGGGAGGGAAAACUGGAGUUGGGAAGAGUGCUACAGGAAACACUAUCCUGGGGAAGAUGGCAUUUGAUUCCAAACCCUGUUCGGUAUCUGUAACAACAAAGUGCCAAAAAGAGAAAGCAGUGUCACAUGGGAAGCUGGUCUAUGUAGUCGACACUCCUGGUUUAUUUGACACAAAGAUCCCUCAAAACCAAAUCAGGAAUGAAAUUGGAAGAUGCUUCUCACUCUCAGCCCCAGGUCCUCAUGCAUUCCUCAUUGUGGUUCCUGUGGGACGAUUCACUCAGGAGGAAAGGGAAGCAGUAAAAAUAGUUAAGGACAUAUUUGGUAAAAAAGCCAAGAACUACACUAUGAUUAUCUUCACUCGUGGUGAUGACCUAGAAGGUAAACAAAUUAAACAGUUCCUUCAGGAUGCCGAUAAAGAACUUACAAAUUUGAUUCAGAAAUGUAAUUUCCGUUAUCACCUUUUGAACAAUAAGAACAUGCAUGAUCAGAAACAGGUUGUGGAACUUUUCGAGAAAAUUGAUGACAUGGUGCAGAAAAAUGGAGGAUGUUGUUACACAAGUGACAACUAUCGGCGAGCAGAGAAAUGUAUAACUGAAAAACAAAAUGAGAUUAUGAACAGUGAAAAUGGGGAAUUCCAAACUGAGAAGCAAAGCCUAAAGACAAAAUUCCUACAGGCGGUGGAUGAAUUUAAAAAAAAUCUGGAAAAGCUGGCCAACAAAAGAAAGGAAGAAAAGGAACAAAAAGAGAAAUUUCUUAAUGAGAUGAGGGAAAAGCUGAGUCAAGUACAGGAUUCAGACCAACGAGUUCGACUAGUAGAGGCCAUGGAUAAAGUGCGCAAAGAGCUAGAAAACCUGAAAACAAGUGAAGAGCAGCAAAGACGGGAGCAAGUGAAGCAAAUGAAAAUGAUGGAAGUGGAGCAUCAGAAGAAGGAAAAUGCUGCACAUCGCUUAUACAAAGAGAAGGCAAGAGAAGCAGCAGAAUAUGACAAUCAAUUUAUACAUCAAUUUGAAAAGGGAGAGCAUGCGGAAUCUAGCGGCGUUCUUCAAGGAAUGGCAACCGCUUUAGCAAGAGCUGCAAACCAGACCUGUAGCACCCAAUCAAAGAAUGGAGGAGCAAAGCUACCUCCAGCAGAGGAAAGACGACCAAGGGUGGCCUCAGGCCCUGAUUUAAGAAUUAUUCUUGGAGGAAAAGCUGGAGUUGGAAAGAGCACAGCAAUCAGCACAAUACUGGGGGCAGAUGAGCCGAGGAACGAGGUCUUCUCAGCCUCGCCUGUGAAGGAGGUAGAGAAAAGAAAAGGAAUGGUUCAGGGAAGACAUGUCUCAAUUAUUGACACCCCUGGUUUGCUGGACAAAAAACUAUCAGUAGAAGAAGUUAAGUCCAACAUUGGAAAAUGCUAUUCUUUAUCAUCGCCAGGGCCUCACGUCUUUCUGCUGGUACUGAAGGUGGGCCAAUUCAGCAAAGAAGAGAGUGAUGCCAUUAAGAUCAUCCAGAACGUAUUUGGAGAUCGGGCCUUGAGUUAUACAAUGAUCCUGUUUACUCAUGGGGAUAACCUCAGAGCUCAGUCAGUGGAUAGUUAUCUUGAACGCAGCAGCAAAGAUCUACAAGAGAUGGUGAGGAAAUGUGGCUACAGAUAUCAUGUUGUUAACAAUAAGAACCCAAACAACCAAAAGCAAGUGAUAGAGCUUUUAGAGAAAAUCGACAAGAUGGUGGCAAGUAAUGGAGGCACACACUACACCAAUGAGAUAUAUAGAAAAGCUGAAGAAAAUAUUGUAAAGCGUCAAGAAGAGCUGCUGAAGGGAAUUGCCAAGUAAAUAAUAGCAGUAAACAUGAGGGUAGCUUUCAACUCUUUAUGUUACUAUUUGCUUGAUGCUGUUUGGUAAAAUUAUAAUUGCAAUAAUAAUUGAAUAUAUAAAAAUGCUAAGCAUUUUCCAUUCAUACUGGAUAGGCCAAUAAAGGAUGGUGGUGUGCACUUUAUGGCA